AUGGCGACAAGUGCGAGCCAUCGGCAGAUUGCUGCUGGCGAUGUAGUGAUUGUGUUUGCGUCUCGCGAUCGGACACCCACGCCGCUGGUCGUCACUCCUGGUUCUCAAUUGGUCAACAUGUUUGGCGCAUUUUCUCAUGACGACAUGAUCGGCAAAGUGUAUGGCAGCAAACUUCAUUCCGUCAACAAGAAAGGGUUCGUGUACUUACUACGUCCUUCCCCAGAGCUUUGGACAAUCUCGCUGCCACACAGGACACAGAUUUUGUACGCACCGGACAUGGCCUUUGUCGCCAUGAAGCUCAAUUUGUCGCCGGGCGCUUGCGUGGUCGAGGCAGGCACAGGAAGCGGCAGCUUUACACAUUUCCUCGCUCGCACCGUGGGACGUGGCCCACCCGCAUCGAAUGGUGCUGGGCAGACGCAUGCGGCGUGGCCUACGCAACGCGCCCCGUCAGAAGUGCCUAGGCAUCGUACGGACGCGCCCUACGAUGGCCGCGUCUACUCGUUUGAGUUCCAUGCCGAGCGUGUGGAAAAGGCCCGCGCCGAGUUCACAGCGCAUGGUCUUGACACCACCGUCGUUCUGCAUCAUCGCAACGUGUGCAAAGCUGGCUUUGGGCUGACGCACGAAGCGGAUGCUGUUUUCCUGGACUUGCCAGCCCCUUGGGAAGCUGUGACGUUUGCCAAAGAUGCACUUCGACGUGACGUCAUGACGCGCAUUUGCUGUUUCUCGCCCUGCAUUGAGCAGGUGCUGCGUACUGUGACAGCCCUCUCGGACGCCGGGUAUACGGACAUUGCGACGUACGAGAGCUUGGUGCGAACGCAUGAAUCACUGACGAAUGUGGCGCCCCUUGAAUCGAUUGGCGAUGUGGUGGCGCGUAUCCGCCAAACGGAGGCGAAACGCGAGAGCCGUCGUACGAUUCAGAUGGCUCAGUCCAAACUGGAACGCGAGCGUCGUCAAGCGGAGAAGGCCGCUGCCGAAGGUGCUAGUACGGUGGAUGCUACCGGCCCUGUUUCGGACUCUCACUCGCACAAACGCAAAGCGGAAGAGGACACGGGCGAGGCCCCCGCGAAGAAGCCUGCGAAGGCCGACACUGACAUUGACGUGGCGUCUCGUCCCCAUGAAACCGACCCGCCUGCCGAAAUGCUGUACAGCCAAGGCUUCCGUCAAAAAGUGGAACGACGUUCUGUCAUGCUGGCAAACGUGUACUCACGGCCGUUCCCUCAAAUGCGUGGUCAUACAAGCUAUCUUACGUUUGCGACGCUCUUGCCUCGUUCUAUGUAG